AAAAUUUAAAACGUAAGUAUACUUACACAUACACACAUAUAUAUGUACAUACAUUUAUAAAUAUAUAUCAACUACUGCGUGACAAUCCGUCACACAACCAUCGAAUUUAAAAACAAGCCACGUUACACCUGACAAUGUUCGUCAUACAUGAAAAAAUCUCAAACCCAGCGUCUAAUACAAAUAUAACCUGCAACCAGUCAAAGUGACACUUGAAACUGCCGAAAAAUAAAUAAAUACUCAUUUAUUAGUAUCGUAAAUUUAAAUGUCACUCAUAUCCAGUCUAUAUUUUUAGUUAUCAUUAAAUUUAAAGUGUCGCGCGUUGGGAUAUUUAGUAAAAAAAAAGUACAUCAUCAUGUAUUCAUAUUUGACGCACGUUAUGACAUUGGCCAAUAGCAUAAUCGGAGUGAGUGUCCUGGCAAUGCCAUUUUGCUUCAAACAAUGCGGGAUAGUCCUGGCGAUCCUGAUCCUGGUGUUCUGUAGCCUGCUAUCGAGGCUCGCCUGCCACUUUUUGAUAAAGUCUGCGGUGAUGUCCAGGCGCAGGAACUUUGAGUUUCUUGCUUUCCAUGCCUUUGGACCCAUGGGAAAAUUCCUGGUCGAGUUGUUCAUCAUCGGGUUCCUGCUGGGCACGUGCAUCGCUUUCUUUGUCGUCACUGGAGACCUGGGACCUCAAAUCUUUGCUAAAAUUUUGAACAAAAAUCCAGAGGACAUUCGUACCAGUUUUUUGCUGGUAACUGGACUGAUAAUUGUCUUACCACUAGGAUUACUGAAGAACAUUGACAGUCUCUCCAGCAUCUGCACCGUGUCAAUUGGAUUUUAUUUGUGUCUUAUUAUAAAAGUGAUAUCAGAAGCUAUAGGACAUAUUUUUGAUGACGAUUGGAUGGAAAAUGUAAAUUAUUGGAGACCUGCUGGUAUUUUACAGUGUCUGCCUAUUUUUUCAAUGGCUUUGUUUUGCCAGACGCAAUUAUUUGAAAUUUAUGAGUCGAUUCCGAAUGUCUCGUUGGAGAAAAUGAACAUUGUUGUUAAAGGUGCAAUAAAUAUUUGCACAAUUGUGUAUUUAUGUGUCGGUUUCUUUGGAUACGUCGCUUUUUGUACUCAAUCUUUCUCAGGAAAUAUUUUGACAAGUUUUGAGCCAAGUCUUACUUCCGACUGCAUUAAAAUAGGAUUCGUACUAUCAGUAUUAUUUAGUUUUCCUCUUGUGAUCUUCCCAUGCCGCGCGAGUUUGAAUUCGCUUUUAUUCCGACGGAGCUACGGACACGAAGGCUCGACAAAUUACAUUCCAGAAAUAAGAUUCCGAUGCCUGACUCUGAUGAUAGUACUGGUGUCCCUAAUAACUGGACUGCUGAUGCCAAAUAUUGAGUUCGUUCUCGGUCUCGUAGGAUCGACCAUUGGAGUCAUAAUUUGUUUGAUUUUUCCCGCUGGAUUUUUCAUCGCCAUCAGUACUAAGAACACAAACGAGCGUUUGAUCGCUCAAGUCAUUUUAUUUAUCGGUAUUUGGAUAAUGAUUUUAGGAUCUUACGCAAAUUUAUACGCGAUUGAUGACUCCAGUACAACUAAAAUUUCUCUCGUGACGGAAAAACCAUUCGUUCCUAUAAAUAAUAUUCAUUUAAAUAUCAUCGAAGACAAUAAUAAAAACAAUAACAAUAAUAAUGCAGUGGAAAUUCCUCAGGUCAUUGAUAUUCUUCCCAAAGAAAAAGAAGAGUCAUUGAUUAAAAAUGACAAGAAUUUGAAUGAUUUCCCGGUGGAAAAGUUGCAAGAAAAAAUAAAAAUCGAUGUGGAAAAAAUAAAAAUAAAAGCCAACGUUACCUCGAGUACUGACAAUAAAAACCCACAAGUGGAAAAUAAUAAAAUCACGGGUAUGAAUAAAGUCGCCAAAGUGCUGACAGCUGAGGAAAAAUUGAAACAAGUCCUGGCUGCUGAGGAAAAUGUAAAAAAAGACUCAGAGACCGAUAACUUGAUAAACGUCGACGCGAUAAAAAAAGAAGAGUCCGAGAUCGCGGAGGCUGAUGGCAAAGACCCUCUGCUGCAGGAACAGCAGCGCGUGAAAGAAGUCAUCGAGCGGAAUAAAAUCGAGUCGAUUGAGCUGCUGCAGGAGCAGAAGGCGAUUUUGAAAAAUUUUGCUAAUAAAAAGGAAGAGAUUAAGAAAGAAAAAAAAUUGCUGGAGAGUUUUAAGGCCAAUAGUCCUGUUGAGAAAAUUUUGGAGAAGGACUCAAAUGGUUUUAAUGACAAAGUUGAUGGCUCUAGUGACAGACAUAUCAAAGUUGAUAACAAAUCUAAGGAAAUAAAUAAUAAUUUGGGUAAUUUAAAUAAUACAGGAAUUAAUAUUAAUAAUCAAAGUAAAGAAAUAAAAAUUAAAAAUACAAAUGUACCUUUGGAUCCGAAAAUUAAUGUGCCUUCAAAUGAAUCACGUGGUCCUGUCCUUAAUAUUUUGACAAACUGGACAGCUAAUCAAUUAAAUAAUUCGUUAGGAAAAAUAAAUACUGAUGAUAAUCGUUCGAUAAAUGACACAAAAUCAGCUAAUGAACUUCCGGUUCCUUUACUAUUGAAAUUAAACAAGUCAGUGGACAGCGACACUGGCAGGGCGAAUGAUGAAAAAAAUAUUGGGCGAGAUAUUUUACAGGAUCGCGGUAGAGAAAAGCGCGACGUUGAUGACCUGGAAGUCCGGAAAAUUAUUUUUGAUCAGGAGGUUGAGAAAAAAAGGGAGAGUUUAAUAAUUGACGGCAAUGACAGUAAGGAGUGUAAGUUGGAGAAAAGUAAGCCGGUUAUUGGUGACAAAGUCGGUUUGGAGGGAAGCAGUUUGGGUGUAAGCAGUACGGAGUCGAUUAUAAAGACAAAUAUUAAUUUGUCGGAGCAGAAAUUUACAGAGGAUUUAAAUUUUGGGUUGGAUCCUCCUGCUAAUUCGGAGUACCAGGUCUUCAAGAAACGGGAUCUCAAGGCUCUGAAACCUGGAAGGAGAAAAGAUUAAUUAUUUUAUAGUUUUUUUUUUUUUUUUUUUUUUUUUUUAGUGUAGUUUAUAAGUUAUGAUAAUUAAUUAUUUUUUACUGCAGAGAUUUAUUAUAUUUUAUGAUUUAUUUCUCUAAGUCAGUUAUUUAUUUAUUUAAAAAUUAAGGGGCUAUGAAUUAAAUGUGAUAAUGCAUUUAAAAAAAUUAGUUUUGUAAUUGUAAUUUGUAAAAAUUAAAUAAUAAAUAAUAUUUUUGA